AUGCCUUCUGCAGCCCGCCACCCGAAUCUCUACCAGAGCUAUGCCGAGCGCUCUGAGCAGCCGAAUCUUACGCCGUUGGCGACGUACUUGCUAAGGUUGAUCCACCACAAGAAGACGAAUUUGUGCGUCUCGGCUGAUGUCUCGACUACCGCGGAGCUUUUGCAACUAGCCGAGGACGUGGGCGACCAAAUAUGCGUGCUCAAGACGCAUGCAGACAUCAUUCAGGACUUUACGGAUAGAACCGCCAGAGGGCUGGCUGAAGUGGCAAGGCGGAAACGCUUCAUCAUUUUUGAAGAUCGAAAGUUUGGGGACAUCGGGAAUACCGUACAGCUACAAUAUACAGGAGGCCCGCUGUCGAUCGUCCGAUGGGCGCAGAUUGUGAAUGCCCAUCUUUUCCCGGGACCGGCUAUCAUCACUGCGCUGGCGGAGGCGGCCAGGAAUGCGAUUGCGGCGCACAAUACGUCUGUGUCAACGGAGAUUUCUGCCUCACCCAUAGUCAAGACUGGAGCCCACGAUGACUCUGUAGAAUCCGAAGAGGAGAGCAGUGCCCAGGACGAGGAGUCAGAAGCCGAAGAGAUUGCCGACCCUGACGAAGAUCGAAAGGGAAGGAAGCAGUCCGUCGUAUCUGUUAGCACCACCAUCAGCACCAAGACCGAGACGAUAAGUCCGCAGCCCUCGCUACGGCCUACGAUGUCGCGGGAGUCGACCCAGGAGUCAGACGAAGAUGAAGAGGACGACGACUCUGAAGCAGCUCUAGAGGAGCUGGGCCCGGCACCCUUCUACCGCUCCCUACUCCUGCUCGCUGAGAUGUCCUCAAAAGACAACAUGCUCACGCCUCAAUACACGGACGCCUGCGUGAAGCAUGCCCGAUCGAACAGAGACUUCGUCAUGGGGUUCAUCGCCCAACGCUCGCUCAACUCAGAAAAAGACGACAAUUUCAUCACCAUGACACCCGGCGUGCAGCUUGCCGCCGGCGGAGACGCGCAUGGGCAGCAGUACAACACUCCUCGAAAAGUCAUCGGGGAUGGUGGCUCGGACGUGAUGAUCGUAGGUAGAGGCAUCCUGCAGGCCUCUGAUCGCAAAAAGACAGCGGCGGAGUACAGGAAGCAAGGGUGGCAGGCGUAUGAAGAGCGUUUGAAAGCUGGGAGGAAGCGGAGGUAG